AUGUGUGUUGACAUAUGGUCAUCACUGAACCAAACAUUGAGUGGUCGACUACAUACUUCGCGACCAUUUUCACUUCCCUGCUUCUCAAUAUAUGAAGGCCAGGCAGUUAUUCCAGAUCCAUCACAAUGCGCAGAAAUUCAAAAUAACUACACGUCUUCAGACUACCGAACUCAGUUUUAUAACGGAUUCAUGAACAACCAAGACGAGAUUUGUUUUACCAAUGUCACCGACCAAUGCGUUCUUAAUAACGUGCUUCCAACUGACGCUACUGCUUUCACCAAUGUCAGUUGUAAUCAAGGAAGUGUUUCGAAGUAUUACAUCCAGGUUGAGGAGAUUUCUGACGUUGUGGCCGCUCUUGCUUUUUCCAAGAAGACUGGAAUAAGACUAUCUAUCAAGAACAGUGGACAUGAUUAUCUUAGUCGGAGUAGUCGUAAGGGAUCUUUGGCUCUGUGGAUGAGGAAUGUAUCAGGAAUGAGUUAUAAUGCAUUUUUCGUACCUGAAGGUUGUCAUUCAACUCCGGUCAACGCCAUCACUACAGCUGCAGGUGUUAAUACCAAUGAUGUUUAUCGAUUUGCAGAGACUCACAAUGUUACAUUCAUUGCAGGCUAUGCAACGACAAUUGGUGUAACAGGCGGCUGGGUACAAGCAGGUGGACACUCAAUUCUUUCACCUGUUUAUGGGCUAGGAAUUGAUCGAGUUGUCCAAUACAAAAUCGUUACCACCGAUGGGAUUUCGAGAGUCGCCAACGAGUGUCAAAAUGCGGAUCUUUUCUGGGCAUUAAGAGGAGGUGGCGGUGGAACUUUUGGAGUUGUGAUGGAAGCCACCCAUCGUGUCGAGCCGAGGAUUCAGCUAGCUGUGGCGGCUAUUUCAUAUAAUCGUACAACUUCCAACGUUUUAGAAUGGCUAUCUAUCGUUGUGGACAAUUCCCUACCGUGGGCGAAUCAAGGUUGGGGUGGACAUUAUCAGACUACUAAUCUGAUAAGUGUGACACCACUUCUCAAUCUUUCCGAAGCAGUUAAAUCGAUGGAACCAGCUGCAAAAUUUGCAAAGGCAAAUAAUGGGACUGUAGUGGUCGAGGUUCUUUCUUCCUGGUGGGAUUUCUAUAAGAAAUAUGUAAUCCCUAACGAGGCCGCUGUUGGAAGUCUUCGCCCACUUGCUCCUCGACUCAUACCGGCAUCUCUAUUCAACAGUACAGAGGGCAGAGCGAAAAUGAUGAAUUUUCUAGAACAUUUGAUAUCUCUUGGAUACUCACCAUACAUUCCUAAUACCACGCCGUGGCUCUAUCAUUGGGAUCCUGCCUCAACAUCCGCUACUCCCGCGUGGCGAGAUUCCAUAUGGGCACUUUCGUAUGGUGGAUUAUGGACAUAUAAUGAAACUUUGGAGCAGCGAGAAACCCAAAUUAGUCUGGUUAAUAAUCUGACCACAAUGGUAGAGGAGUUCACGCCGACAGGAGGUGCGUAUUUCAACGAAGCCCAUCCAUGGACCAGUGAUUGGGAAGAAGCUUGGUGGGGACUCAAGAAUUAUAAGAGAUUAGUUGAGAUAAAGAGGAAAUAUGAUCCGAAUGGUUUGUUGAGUUGUUGGAAAUGUGUAGGAUUCAACGAGGAGAGUGCAGCGGAAGAUUUCCCUUGCUUGGAUGUAUGA